CCCAGAAUACGUUAAAACGUGAUUUUAAGAAAAGGGGGAUCCUACCGGUAUUUUUUUUUUUAUUAAUAUUAACCUAAAAAAAACCAGGCUUCUUUAAGUGAGCGCAUCUGGAUUCCUGCUCAUUUUAAUAACCGGGAUACUUGCCGGUUAAUUAAUGUCGCUUGUUUUCGCCGGUGUGCCCCGAGAGAUCGGUGUGUUUGUCGACAGAGCAACUUUCUCCAUAUGUGACGUGUCUGUCGGAGGAAACACUAACGGAGGGAAACAUGCCGACAUGUUCCGGUUAAACUCUGUUUUAAGGCUUCUCAAUAUUUUUUUUUUUUAUAUAUAUAUAGCGCUGUUAACUUAUUUUAACUUAGAUAAAUUUCGUCUAAAAAUGACCUGAAAUUUUUUUAUCUCUUCGUUGGAUUUGGGCGAGUAAAACGAAAAUGGAGUCAAUUUUUAACAGGUUGAAAGGUGACGUCACAGUAACCGUUACCGAGUGAAGCUUCUUUUUUUUAUUUUUUACCUUUUUUUUUUGUGAUGGGCUCGGUGACGUCAGCUCUAACACGGACAAGAAACGCGCUGGUGAAAGUGGGUUCCGAGCCGGAGAACCAUGACCCGGAGAGGAGCCAGUCCGCCCCGGAGUCUGACCGGGCCAAGAAGAAGAGCUCCCGGUUCAACGUGUCCAUCCAGACCGGACGGCAGAGUUCCCGCCAGUCGCUGUCCGAGGUGCUGAGCAGACAGGACUCAGAUGGAUCCAAACACUCCUCAAAGAAAAGGACCUGUGAAGGUCAACAGAGCGUGGCAAAUGAAGAUGGGGAGAGCUCCAACAGACCACAGGCCAGCUUCGCACGCUCAAAGUCCCAGAGUGCUUUGUGGAACGCCAUCACAGCGGGGAUGGGGAUCAAAGGCAAAGAGCAGAAGCCCCUCCUGAAUGACCCACGGAGUCCUGAAGAGAUCCUGGCUGACGAUCUUCCUGCAGCAGAUGAACCAGACGCCACAGAGAAAACAGCCCUCAGAUUACGAUGUCUGGUGAAGCAACUGGAGAGAGGAGAGGCUUCCCUCACUGACCUCAAGAAAAACCUGGAGUAUGCAGCAUCGGUGCUGGAAUCCGUUUACAUCGAGGAGACGAGGCGUCUGGUGGACACAGAAGAUGAGCUCAGUGACAUCCAGUCAGAGUCGGUGCCCUCGGAGGUGCGGGAUUGGCUGGCCUCCACCUUCACCCGGCAGAUGGGCCUGAUGCUGCGGCGCAACGAAGAGAAACCUCGCUUCCGCAGCAUCGUCCACGCCGUCCAGGCUGGCAUAUUUGUUGAGAGGAUGUACCGCCGUACCUCCAAUAUGGUGGGACUCAGCUACCCCCCGUCUGUCAUAUCUGUGCUUAAGCAUGUUGACAAGUGGUCGUUUGACGUGUUCGCUCUAAAUGAGGCCAGCGGGGAUCACGCACUUAAAUUCAUAUUCUACGAGUUGCUCACAAGAUACGACCUCAUUAGCCGUUUCAAGAUCCCGAUCUCUGCGGUGGUGUCAUUCGUGGAGGCCCUCGAAGUGGGAUACAGCAAACAUAAAAACCCCUACCACAACCUAAUGCACGCUGCUGAUGUCACACAGACCGUACACUACCUGCUGCUCAAGACUGGCAUGGUGCAUUGGUUGACUGAGCUUGAGAUCUUUGCCAUGAUCUUUGCGGCGGCGGUUCACGACUACGAGCACACGGGGACCACAAACAACUUCCACAUUCAGACAAGGUCAGACACAGCUAUCCUGUACAAUGACCGCUCAGUGUUGGAGAGCCACCACGUCAGCGCAGCAUACCGCCUGCUGCAGGACGACGAUGAGAUGAACAUCCUCUACAACCUGUCCAAGGAUGACUGGAGAGAGCUGCGGGCUCUGGUGGUGGAGAUGGUGCUGGCCACAGAUAUGUCCUGCCACUUCCAGCAGGUUAAGGCCAUGAAGAACUUCCUACAGACACCUGAGGGCAUCGACAAGCCCAAAGCACUGUCGCUGCUGCUGCACACAGCAGACAUCAGCCACCCGGCUAAAAGUUAUGACCUCCACCACCGCUGGACCACCUCCCUACUGGAGGAGUUCUUCAGACAGGGGGACAAAGAAUCUGAGCUGGGCCUGCCGUUCUCUCCGCUCUGUGACCGCAAGUCCACAAUGGUGGCCCAGUCCCAGAUCGGGUUCAUCGACUUCAUUGUGGUGCCCACCUUCACUGUGCUGACCGACAUGAUGGAACGUAUCGUCAAACCGCUCAUCGACGAGGCCUCCCAUUCAGGUUUUGCCGGCUUUAGGCGCUCGAGUCUGAACAGUAUUAGCUCAGACGAGACCAAGAGGCACAGUGUGAAGAGCUCCGACAGCAGCACGUCGGGACACAGCUCUCUGCUGACGGUGGACCUGAAGAACUUCAAGGCGUUGUGGAACGAAGAGGUUUAUCAGAACAGAGAGAGGUGGAAAGCUCAGGCUGCUAAAGAGGCGGAGGAGAGAGCUAAAAGGGAAGAGGAGGAGAGAGCCCAGGAGGAAGAAGCUAUGGAGCCCCAGGAGGUCCAAACAGAACCAGAAGAGCCUGAACCAAAGGAUGACCAACUGGAGGGGGAAGAGCCUGAAUCACCAGAGGUCAGCAGACCACCAGAUGGUAACUCGGGGGAAACCGAGCAGGAAGCAGAGCCGGAGAGCGCCAUACAGUCUGCACCUCCACUGCAGAACGGAGAGUUGUCUGAAGGGACUGAGUCCCCGGAGGGUGAAGAAAACAAGAACAAAGGCGACGAUGCAGAGGUGGCGAUGGAAUAAGUGAGCUGUGGAGAGUCACGGCCGCACUGUUGCACCUGAACCUGUUUUUUUGUCUGUAUGGGAAGACAAAGUGACACCAGAGGGAAGGCUAUUAGCUGGACUGUGUCGCCCUCUACAGGACACCAAGGAACCGACACCAUGACUUCCUCUCUCGACUCGUUUUUACUUUCACCAUAUUUAUACUCCCAGGCUCUUGUAUGCAGAGCUUGUGGCUUUACCCACGUGCAUUAUUCCUACCUUCCUGCUUACUGAUGAACACGAGACAUAAGUUCUAAACCUUAUGGUGAUGGCAGCAAUGGUGGGGAUGAAGAGCAGCCUUUUGAAAGACACUGAAAAUGUUUGUUUUUUUAAUUUGCCAAUCUUUUUCUUUGCUCCAAGUUGUGUGUUUAACUCAGCCGCAGACAUGUAGCCAUUGUACAAGUCCCAUGUUCCACUGCUGUGUCACGCUUCUCUGUCAGCACUAUUUACACGUUUAUCUAGAGACAUAAAGUUUUGCAUCAUUUAUUUUGGUACUUACUGAAUAACACAGAAGUGCAGAAACACUGAGAGACUUCUAGCUGCUACAGAGUGUGUGUCAAGCCCACUGCAGCUCAAUUUGCAUAUAGCACUGCUAUUUUACUAGAAAGUUCUCCUUAAACACUCACCCACCAGAGAAAGCGUUUCCCUGUGCUAUAGGAGCUCCUGUUUGGAGUUUCUUAUGAUAAAAACCAUCCAUGGUUCAUUUCUUCCCUUAUAACCUGUUUACUUUCCCAGUGCUUUCCUCUGAGAUCCUUUCAGCCAGUUCAAAAUAGUUUUUUGUGUGUGUGUUUCUGUCCUCUUUACUGUAUAUAUUGAAAGUUUGUAUAUGUAAGAAUCUGAGGAGGAGUAGAAAUCCUACGAUUCCACAACCCACCAAUGGAUAAUUUUGGGGGAUGUGAUAUAAGAUAUUGUAGUGAGAAAUGUCCAAAAAUUAGAAUGCAAUGCAUUUCAAACAUAUCACGCAUUUAAGGUUUUUUGUAAUAUAUUAAAUAUGUUUUCUUUACUUUUUUGUUUUUGUAACAUUCUUAUUUGUUUUGCAUUUGUUGUGUCCUCUGCGAAUCAUGCACUAGAUGUGUCUAAUCUCCUUACACUGUAUAUAAUUUCUUCGUCACAACACUUCUUCUCGAUGCCUUCUUAUGUGUGUUUAAGCCGUAGCAAAGAGUCAACUUUGUCGCUGGAUUAGAGAAAAAUCCUAUGUAUGUGUUUUAUUUUGCAGUACAGUUAUGUCACAGCAGCUUGGCCUACGAGGCUGCUGGUGUAAUGUUUUAUUCGGUGUGUUUACAGUGUGCUCGUGCAUCUAUUAGCCAGUUGAAUCCAUCAAGCUUCUGUGAUGCAUCUGAGGCUAUGAGUCCAAACUGUAUCUGCUUCUUGGUUGUUUGCCAGGUUUUCAAGGCUUGUAAUGUUGUUUAUAGGAGAUGCAAAUAUUGCUUAUUGUGCAUAUGUAACAUAUUGAACCUCUGCAACACUGGUUCAGCUUUUACUAUAUACUUAAUAUAUUAUAAUUGGAGGAAAAGAAGCAUUUUGGCAGUAUUUGCAUAAUGAUGGAUAUGUUUGCUGCAGAGGCCCCAAGAAGAGAGUGAGAGAAAAAAAAUGAUGGUCCUCAAUUUUUUUUAAGUCAUUUGCUUUCAGCCAGGUGGAAAGUUUUGCCUGAAAUAUCUCUCUGAGUUAAUAUUUUAAGUAAUCUGGAAGAAAACAUAAAUACUUUGGUCCUUUAGAACUAUAGGCUGUAUAAAAAUAAUGGACAUAGUCACUGUGACGUCACCCACUGUGUAUGAACUCCAGUUCUGACAACCUCAAAAUCAGCAUUUUAUUCAGGACACUACAGUAAGUUAACCGAUAAAUCAGUGUCCUUUCGGCUCCCAAUGUGAUGCACAGGUACUGGAUCCAAAGAACCAAGGUGGCAACACCCAUAAUUCUUCCAGCUCUUGAUCCGUUCUAGCUUCGUUUGCAAAGGGGCAUCAGUUAUUAAAAAUAAACAGUCAACUCUUUAGAGUCCUUUAGUCCAACCAAACACUGAAUAGGACAGUUUUAAGCAACCAAAAUGUUACAAUUAACUUUAACAAACUGUAAACCAACUUUGAAAGGGUAAAAGUUCUAAAAUGAAAACGCACAGUGCACCUUGGUAGUGACAAUAGCCAAACCCCAAAACAUACUUUAUCAUCUAUUUAACUGUAAAUGGGACCACCAUCAUUUACUAACUGAACAUGAUGAUGUUUUGAAGAAGAAUUUCAACUUGGAAUUGAGACCAUAAACUAAUUAAGACAAUGUUUAUCUAGGUAAUAUAUUUAGUGAGAAGUAGGGUACAUUUUAUACUGGACUUCUAUACAAUUUGUCUUCUUUUGCAACCAGUGGAGUCGCCCCCUGCUGGCCAUUAGAAAGAAUGCAGGAUUAAGGCAUUUCCAGAUUGGCUUCACUUUUCAGGGCCUCUUGUGGCCAAAAAGAGUAUUACAACAACAACAAAAACAUGUCUAUUCUUCUUUUUUCAAAUGAUCCUGGCAAAACUUUUAUUUAUUUUUACCUGUUAUAUCAUAAGCAAAGACAAGAUUUAAAAAAAAAAAAUGGGUCAACAUUUUUUUUUCCUCACUUGCCUCUCUUCUUGUGUAGUUUUCCCUAAAAAUGCACUUUUAUUUUGAUUUUGUUUUGAAUUCUUUUGGUAUGAAAUCCUCAAAUUUAUUGUGCCAAGAUCAAUUUCUUGGCAUUUUACUUUAAAGUAUACUGUACAUGUGUAAACCUGUACAAGAACUAAAAAAUAUAUAGUACAUAAGGGAUCAAAGAGUAAAUAAAUUUACACCUAAACAUUUAUUUAAUACGUUAGGAAUUAUUUUUUAGCCUCUUUGUUUUAAUACACACUCCUCAUUUUUAUAUUAUAACAGGAAUUUUAGUAUCGUGCUGGGAUAUAUUAUCACUUAAUGUAACCACAUGCUACUUUCUACCUAAAAAAUACAGUCAGUGGUUAGCAAGCCAGCUGGCUGAAUGUGUGCCUAUAUAUAAAAUUAUAUAUGUACUUUCCAUUGACACAUUUCACCUGUAGGAAAACUAAUUUUGUGAUGUCAUUUGAAUCUGUGCUGAUCCAGGUACAGUCAAACAAAACAGUUCAUAUCUUCCUACAACUAUGUCACACUAAAGAGUCUUUUAUUUUAGCAAGUCUGCCUGUAAAGUCAGAAGUUUGAUGUUGCAGAAGUAUUUAUAGUGGUAUAUUUUGCUCUUUUUCAUUUAGAAAAAUCUAUUUUAUAGCUGUAUAGCUUUUUUGUUUUUUGUUUUACUGUACUGUUCGCUGGAUUGUCAAAAAGUAUGUCCUCGACGUUUUUCUUUUUGUCCUUUAGUUUCUCCCCUGGUUUUAUUGUCUCUCUGUAUGUGUGUGUGUGUGUGUGUGUGUGUGCGUGUGUGUGUGUGUGUGUGUGUCCGUCCGUCUGUCCGAUAUGUUUUAAUCCACCAGCUCUGAAGUCAGAAAAAUUCAAGUGGCUCAAAACUGUAAAUUUAAAGUGUAACAAUCAUAUAAAAAUUAGAUUUAUAAAUAGAACAAAUGCAACACUCAUUGUGUGCUCAAAAUAGCCUGCCUGAUACUUGGUGUAGCAGAAUAUAUUUUCUGUACCAAGGGACCAACACAUGUACAGUCUUGUAGUUUGCUCUAUCUUUCACUUGCUGCUGUGAUAGCCUACUGUAUGAAUAUUUAACAAGAGUUUAUACCAACCAUAAUAAGAAACAUAGCUGUAUUUAUGACAUGUAAAGACUUCUAAACAUGGUGUUUUGUAAUUGUUACUACGGAACAGAUUAUUUGUUGUUUGUUUAAUGCUUUGUUUCCUUGUUUAGUCUGAAUCACUCUAUAAUGAAACUGUUCUAGUGA